CUGGCGUGUUGUAGGGGCGUGGGGGGGGGGGUCACGUCGGGCUGGGAAGGGAAUCCGAGGCGUCCUCCUGGAGCUGCGGGUGCCGGGACGUGUUCCGGGGGCCCCGUGGGGCUGGGAAGGGGGUGGGGAAGCGGGGCUCUCACGAGGCCGGGGGGGCACGGGCCUGUUGUGCGGGGUAUUCCCCUGAGACUCGGGAGAAGGGGCCGGCGGUCUCCGUGCCUGAUGGGGCCGUUCUUCCCCCGACUCCCCCUCCUCCCUUUUGUUCCCCUCUCGUAGACCAUGGCCGCCCCUCUUUCCCUCACGCUGGUGCUGGGCGAGGCCUCGGAGAGCGACUCAGAGCCGGAGCCGGAGGGGGGCGCGGCCGGGACCCCCGCAGCGGGGCUGAAGGUUCCGGGGGAGGCGUCGGAGACCGAGGAGGAGGAGGAAGAGGACAGUGCGGCCCGAGUGCCGCUGCCAGGGGUGUCCCGGGGGGGCCCCUCACUGCUGCAGCAGCGGCUGGGGGCGGGCGAGGGGCGGCUGCGGGGCGCGAUGGCUGAGGCACUGGGAGGCAGUUUCGGUGGGGCUGCGCGGCUGCUGGAAGGCUUGGGGGGGCCCCUGGGCCAAGCGCAAGCUGGG